AUAAAAGUGCUGCGAGAAUCGGGCGAGCUCCACCGAGGACCGAGGUGGGUGGCAGUCGGCACCGUCAGGGUCCCUUGGCGUUUCGGAGUUUUCUCUGCGGUCCCGACCCUCCGGAGGAUCUCGGUUGCCUCCGGAGUCCGGACCUGGCGCGGUCUAGGUUCCCUCGGAGAUCGGGGCUCCCUCUGUACCCCGUGCCCCUCGCCCCCAGGCUCCCUCUGUGGUGCCGACUCCUAUAGCCCGGUGCGCUCAGCCCCUCGCCCCCAGCCUCCUAGCACGGAGCCCGGCAGGGAGUCCGACCCUUGCACCUCGAGCUGCAGUGGCUGGACAUGAAGGUCCCUCCUGUCCUGCUUCUCUUUCUUCUGUCCUCCGUGCGAGCCACUGAGCAACCGCAGGUCGUCACUGAGCAUCCCAGCAUGGAGGCUGCCCUGACCGGGCCCAACGCCUCCUCCUCGCACUUCUGGGCCAACUACACUUUCUCUGACUGGCAGAACUUCGUGGGCAGGAGACGUUAUGGGGCCGAGUCGCAGAACCCUACGGUGAAAGCGCUGCUCAUAGUGGCCUACUCGUUCACCAUCAUCUUCUCGCUCUUCGGCAAUGUCCUGGUCUGUCAUGUCAUCUUCAAGAACCAGCGCAUGCACUCAGCCACCAGCCUCUUCAUUGUCAACCUGGCAGUGGCGGACAUCAUGAUCACAUUGCUCAACACGCCCUUCACUUUGGUCCGCUUUGUGAACAGCACAUGGGUGUUUGGGAAGGGCAUGUGUCAUGUCAGCCGCUUUGCCCAGUACUGUUCUCUUCAUGUCUCAGCACUGACUCUGACAGCUAUCGCUGUGGACCGCCACCAGGUCAUCAUGCAUCCCCUGAAGCCGCGGAUCUCCAUCACCAAGGGUGUCAUCUAUAUUGCUGUCAUCUGGGUCAUGGCUACCUUCUUCUCUCUGCCACAUGCCAUCUGCCAGAAACUGUUUACCUUCAAGUACAGUGAGGACAUUGUGCGCUCCCUCUGCCUGCCGGACUUCCCAGAGCCAGCUGACCUCUUCUGGAAGUAUCUGGACCUGGCCACCUUCAUCCUGCUCUACCUACUUCCACUCUUCAUCAUCUCAGUGGCCUAUGCUCGUGUGGCCAAGAAGCUGUGGCUCUGUAACACCAUUGGCGAUGUGACCACAGAGCAGUACCUCGCCCUGAGACGAAAGAAGAAGACCACCGUGAAGAUGCUGGUGCUGGUGGUAGUCCUGUUUGCCCUCUGCUGGUUCCCUCUCAACUGCUACGUCCUCCUCUUGUCCAGCAAGGCCAUCCACACCAACAAUGCCCUCUACUUUGCCUUCCACUGGUUUGCCAUGAGCAGUACUUGUUAUAACCCCUUCAUCUACUGCUGGCUCAAUGAGAACUUUAGGGUUGAGCUUAAGGCAUUGCUGAGCAUGUGCCAAAGGCCACCCAAGCCUCAGGAAGACAGACUGCCCUCCCCAGUUCCUUCCUUCAGGGUGGCAUGGACAGAGAAGAGCCAUGGUCGGAGGGCUCCGCUGGCUAAUCACCACCUGCCCUCUUCCCAGAUUCAGUCUGGGAAGACAGACCUGUCGUCUGUGGAACCCAUUGUGGCCAUGAGUUAGGGGAAGCUGAAAGUGGUGGGGGAGGGGGUCUUUCCUCUCACAAUUGACCAGACGCUAACAGAAAGUUACACACAGAAGCAAGAGAUGUUUGGGUUCCUAGAAACCUGUCCAGCCCCAUCUGGUUUGCAAACCUUCUAGAAGAUGCCAUGAGGUGUUGUGUGUAGAUCUUUGAGCAAGAGCUCUGGAAGCCACCUCGGCUUCAACAGAGGCUGGUCCAGUCAACCACCUCUAAUUGUGUAGCAUCUGCCACCUUGUCCUUCCUACUGCUGAGCACCCACAGGGGAACCUGAGUCAUACUUUUGGUGGGCCUGACCCACAUGUUCAGAAAAGAACAGGCACAAAGGCCUUCUAAAGUCAUUGGAGCAGGUGUAAUCACACAGCUUCAGUGGCCUUGGCUCUAUCCAAGACCAGACAGGACCCAUUUUGGCUUCUUAAAAAUAAAGAGAAAUUAGUAUUGCCAUUUUGAAAAGUUCAGAAAAGUAAUGGAUUCAGCCCAUCAAUUUGAAAAAAAAAAAAAAAAAAGAAAGAAAAAAGAAAAAGAAAAAAACCCUGUUAAUAUGCUGUGAAUUUAUCUGUAGCUUUGCCCUCCUUCUCUGUGUGUACAUUUGCACUUUUAAAAUCCUGAACUACACGUGUCCAUGUAGGUUGUAAUAAUUAGCAAGAAACUGGAAUAUAUCAGAGUAUUAUUGAAUUCCUCCGUAAUGAAUGGGGCCCCUCA